CUCAGAGUACAGUAGCUUGUUAUGUUGAGGCCCGUAGCGUGAAGCUCCAUCUUCAUGAUGCAUGUCUCUACCUUCAAUAAAGUUCAGAGCAAUAAUCCGGCGCUCCAAGUAUCGUGGUAGUGUACAAAUGCAGCACCUGUCGUCCAUUCCCCAGCGCUGCAGUGCUAACCUAGAGCUCACUGGAAUUCAUUUGUGCCGGGCAAGUGCCUGCCCACCGCCCACGCUGCUCGCCUACCAUCUUCCGAAACGGCAAAGCUCUGCGAUUCUCUUGUCCUCUCCUUCACCUGCAAUCACCGUCUGUCUGUCUGACGCCCUUCUCUCCUCUUCUCUCCAUCUUGGACUGAGCACGGCGUCGCUACAAGCGCGCAAGCUUCGCGCCGUCAUUGGGCUAACGAGGCCCCUGCAAAUUCAGGUGCCCGAGUCCCCGUCCCCUGUGUCGAUCGCCGUGCUGCACAUACGCCCCCUCCAGCUCUCACUCUCACUCUGGACGCCCAUCGUCACCACACUCCCCUCUCGCGGGUCAGGACGAGAGACGGCGCGAGCUCCAACUGCCGCCCUGACAUGGCGAUUCUCCACGCUCAGGGCUCACGCUACGAACGCUCGAUUAUGAUGCUAGCAGUUCCGCAUUCACCGAGAGAGAGCGCGAACCCAGAUUAGUAGGAGCCAGCUCCCUUUUAGCCCUCUUUUCUCGUGCUGGGAUCUGCGAAUUG